AUGUCAUUCCCCAAAGGAAGUUGGAUUCAGAAGACGAGAAUGCCUAUUUCUACCCGAAAGGGACCACUGGAGGUGCCAUCCCCAACAGAGAAGGACUGGUCUAAGGAAGAUGAUGAGGAUUAUGUCCUCAAGGAUCCAGAUCAGGGGCUGGAUUCCCUGCCUCAGCCUUAUCGAAUGAUCAACAAGCUGGUAAACCUUCUGUUUGACCGGUCAUGGGAAAUUAUUGAAGAGAGGGAUGCAGUGAGGGAAGCUGAGAGCAGCCGAGUCCAGCCCACCGUCUACCCUCCAUUUGCAGAAAUCCAGCUCAAUAAAAAGCCAAAUUGUAUGGCUAUUUCCCAAGACUUUGUGUUUAUUGGAGAAGCUAAAGGAUUCUCGAUUUAUAAUCUGUACAAUGCUAAACAAAUAUGUGUUUGGGAGAAACUGAAGGUUGAUGUCACUUCCAUCUGGGUCACAGAUUUGGGGAGUGAAAUACUUAUUGCUCCUGUGGAUGAACUGGGUAUCAUUAGACUGUUUUUUCUUUAUAAGGAUGGUCUCUUCCUAAUCAAAGCCAUCAAUGAAGCGGAUGACACCAGCAAACAAACCACCUGUGUAAAGAUGGAGUUCUCUCAAGGAGGAGACUUUGCAGCCUUCCUCCUCCAAGGCGCUGGAGACGUUUGGCUGGAUGUGUAUAAAUUGCCCAAGGAGUCUUGGCUUAAGGAAACAGAGUACCCCCAGCUUACUUUAAAUCCAAAGAAAAAAAUCAGACAGCUGCAACUGGACACUCUUGAUCCCACUAUUUCAGAUAAUUCAGAAAUGGACAUAAAUAUUUGUCUUAGAGAUGUCAAGUUGAGUCUUCCAGUUCACAUAAUGAAGAUCAGACCACCUAAACCAGUUACAGGCACCUUAUUUAAAAGCCCUUUGGAAGUCUUCGCGAAGAUAGAGGACUGCUACGGGCUGGGCUCCGGGCAGAAUCACUUCAUUAAGGACACUCAGUGGGAGCAGCAAGUGGAGAUCUUCAAGGCGUCCUACAAGAAGUACCUGGACGAGGAAUGGGAAGAGGAGCCGCUCAGUAUGGCCACCUUCUACUUCCUCCUUCCUAGUCGCAUGCUCGGUCUGCCAGCGGAAGUCAAGAGCCCUUCAGGGGCAGCCUGUGUCCUUGGCAUACACUGGACUGGAAGUCACAAUUUCUUUCUCUACUCACCGAGUCGAACUCUGAAGGAUAAAGCUGACCCUGAGGGUGUGUGGCCCUGUGCUGCACCCAUUACAGUCUCCCAGCUCUGCUCCUCCUCCUCCUACCUGGUGCUGGCCUGCGAGGACGGUGUGCUCACGCUGUGGGACCUGGCCGAAGGAUUCCCUCUUGGGGUCGUUGCUCUUCCCGAGGGGUGUUUCUGCCAAAGCAUUCAUUUCCUAAAAUACUUCUUGGUCCACGAAGGACAGAACACGUUUCCAGAGGACCCAGUAACGUCCCGAAUGAAGUGUGUGGUGCUGUGUACAGAUGCUUCCCUCCUUCUGGUAUCAGCCCAGGGGACCCAAGGACCCACCAUCAGUGUGCUUGUUGAGAGGCCCAUCAAGCACCUGGAUGAAGCCAUCUGUACAGUGGCCCCAGUCCCAGCCCUUCCUGGCAUGGUGCUGACCUUUUCCAGGAACGGCUCUGUGUGCCUGAUGGAUGUGGCCAAGCCUGAAACUAUCUGUGCCUUUGCCCCCUCCAGGCCCUCCCAUCUGGCAGAUCCCUGGAAGCCCAUGUUUGCUAUGUCUCUGCACCAUCCCUGCUUCCUGUUCCAAGGAGACUAUCUAGAAGAAACUGAGCCCUCCGACGACACCAAGAACAACCGAAGUUCUGUUUUCUAUUUUAAUUUUGAGGCCUGUCCACUCAUGAAAAAUACGUGGAAUUAUUACAGCUCUCCUCAGACAGACCUGAUGGAUAACAGGGCCUUCUCCGAGGCAUUGCCACUGGAGAAAAGAUGUGAGCGUUUCCUCCAGAAGAGCUUUCAGAAGCUGGAGAAGCAGCUGACGCCGCAGGACCACUGGAGCCGGCUUCGAAGGUACUCCUUGUUCCUCCAGAGAGAGAACAAGAAGUGAUGCCGCUGCUUCAAGAAGUGGCACCGACCCUGAGCACUCUGAAAAGUUUCCAGCCUCUAGGCAGCUGCUCCCUGGACACCCUGAGGCCAGAAGAUGUGAUGACGAAGAGGGACUUCUAUAGAGCUAGCAAGGGGAGAGGCACCAUUCCGGGGCUUUCACCCACUAAGCCUCUUAUGAGAGCCCCUAGGUGGGCAGAUGUGUCACCUAAAUAAAUAGCGAUACUGUUU